GAAACCCCGUGCUCGAGAGCCACCGAGCCCCGCGAGAAUCAGCUGUGAGUGAGCCGCAGUUAGCUAGCUAGUGCCUGACAAGAGCAUCCUCAUCCAUCUCUCUCAUCCAGUUCCAAGCAGCUAUGGACACGAGCGAACUGGUGCAGAAGGCCAAGCUGGCCGAGCAGGCCGAGCGUUACGAAGACAUGUCUGCCGCCAUGAAGGCAGUGACAGAGGCUGGUGCUGAACUCUCAAACGAGGAGCGCAACCUGCUAUCAGUCGCAUACAAGAACGUGGUGGGUGCUCGCCGCUCUUCAUGGAGGGUCAUCUCCAGCAUCGAGCAGAAGUCCGAGGGCACUGAAAAAAAGCAGCAGAUGGCCAAGGAAUACCGGGAGCAGAUCGAAGAGGAGCUGAAGACCAUUUGCAAUGAAGUGCUGGUUCUUCUGGACAAGUUUUUGAUUCCGAAGGCGACCCCAGCCGAAAGCAAAGUCUUCUAUCUGAAAAUGAAAGGCGAUUACUACCGCUAUUUAGCCGAGGUAGCCGCGGGAAGUGAGAAAAAUGCGAUCAUCAGCAACUCGCAAGAGGCCUACAAGGACGCGUUUGAGAUCAGCAAGGCCGAGAUGCAGCCCACACACCCGAUCCGCCUGGGCCUGGCACUCAACUUCUCUGUCUUCUACUACGAAAUCCUCAACUCACCUGAGCAGGCCUGCAAGCUGGCCAAAACGGCUUUUGACGAGGCCAUUGCAGAACUUGACUCACUGAACGAAGAAUCCUACAAAGACAGCACGUUGAUCAUGCAGCUGCUGCGAGACAACCUGACACUGUGGACUUCAGACAACCAGGGCGAGGCCGAGGACACCGAGGACGGCAAAGAAAACUGAUCCACUUCGUCUGUCUGUCCUUCCUCUGACGUCUGCCUUUGAUCAUCACCUCAUCAGCUUCUGUCUCCUUUAGUUCUCUUCCUUUCUUUCUUUGCUUCCUACUUCCUUUCCUUCUCAUUGUCAUUAUUUCCCUGAGGGUUUGUCUGUGGGAGAUGGGGGUUAAGGGAGGGAGCUUAAGGCCGACGUAGUGGUUCGUUGGGGAAGGGGGGUGGGAGCAGAUAGGGAGUGGCACUAGCCAGCUUAUGGAAGCGUGCAGGCGAGAGCAAGUUCUCACCUUCGAAUUGCAAGUACUGUCUUUGCAGUGGAUUGUAUGUGGUUUGGUCAGGCGGUUUCAAGCGUUUGCCAUAGUCAUCAUGCACAUCUGCAACUUUUUAAAGGUUCAGUUAAAAAUGCAAAGCAAAGGCAUGGCUGUGGAGGUAGGAAAGCCACAACAGCUGCUUCACACGUCAGCAAGUAAGCACAUACUGUAAGAAAACACAUUCCAUUUACUUCGGCAUCUUUGCUUUUUCCAUGUUGUGGGGUGACCUGAAAUAACGUUUCCUUACCAUCCUUCAACAGUUUAACGAGGUAGAGAGGAACCGUAAGAUCAAAGAGCACAUAAGCUUGAUACUGUUAAUGUAAGACUACACAAGCAGAGCAUCAGGCGUUCCCUACAUUCAUAUUUAGUUACUAUUUUGUCCUAUUUCCCCCCAUUGAUUUAUAAUUUUUGAUACUUGCCUGAUUGCAUGUUGCUAUGAAGUAGUUAAUGGGGGAAGGGGGUGAUAUUGUUGGGCCAGCUAGCUUUUGUUUUCAUGUCUUUGGAAUUUUCAUAUGAAACACCAAGCAUAAAUGUUAUUGGGGGGGAAAUAUGUAAUUUCAUCUAAGUGGAAUAAACAAUAAUAAGUUAACAUUUUAA